CCCACACUAGUCUGCUUAUUACAACGAGUUUCAUUGGAAGACGCCGGCCUAUGAGCGGAAACUUCUUUUUCGCGGAAAUGUUUCUCGUCUGUGUGGACAUGUCGAGGGCCCGAAGUUCGAGAGAGAGUUCACAGAGGAGUCUUACAGUGUUUUGGAGAAAAGCGAGUCUCUUGACAGCUAGGAAUCGUGUGUUAUCCUCCGUGGUGUCCUCCACUCGCCUCCCACUACUGUGUCCCCCACCAGACAGGUGUCGGGUGCUGGGUAUGGGCUCACCUGGCGGGGUUGGUGUCCACGGAUGAGCAGUCACUGGGAUACAUGGUACACAUCUUCAAGCAGCUCUGUGACCAAGGAGUUGCUAAGUCAAGAUCAACACUCAGUUGUUAUGAAAACUGUUGAAGUACCCGCAGAUGUAUCUCUCCCCAGCGAAGGUCGAGUGGCUGGCGCCAGGGUGCCUUACCACCCACCCCGCUUCUCUUCCACCCCGAGUCGGUGGGCAUGAACGUGCUGGUGCAGGGAGGGGGAUGUGGGGCCGAGUGGGUUCACCGCCAGCAUCUGGGCCGCUGUGGACUCGACAAGCCACUCAAAAGGUCACGUGCUGUGAGUCUGGAGGUGUCUGGCACUGGCUAUUUCACCCUUGACCUCAGAUCUCAACCUCUCACGCAAGAAGAUGUCAAAGCAUCAGCCAAGUGUCCCAGCGACCAUUCUGUCAAGGAAAUCAGUUUCAAGCUCAAGAGAAGUCAACUGAGUAUUCUCAUGGAGAGACCUGCUCGCACCUCAGAGAUGACAAUCACAUUCUGGAACAGGCAGGGGGCCGUCAACACCGAGCGGGUGAACCUUCCAGACCACACCAACCCCUGGGUGACCCUCAACAUCCUCUUCGGCUCACUCAACAUCACCUGCGCCAGUGCUGGUAAAAACAAACGGGACUGGAAAUUUCAAGGGCCUUUUGGCUUGAAUGUCGUUAGCAAGAGCAAAAAGGAGGUGAGCUCUCGUUUGAGCAACCCUUGCGCCAUCGUGGCAACCGAGCGGCCGCUGAGCCGGAAGGAGGUGACGGAGCUGAGUUUCGUCCCUUUAAACCGUCAGCAGCAGUCAUCCGUGAAGUUGUACCUGUCCAACUCACAUCCGUCCACCCUCAAACUACAGGAUGACCUUUCGUACUUCGACCCAGAAGACGGGGCCUACAGUUGCCUUCAGCUUGUAUAUCAGAUGAGGAAGUUUGAGGGACGAAUUCAGUUGCAUCUGCAUGAAACGAAAGACCAGCUUGAGUUGAAGCUCUAUGAGAAGAAGACUGGGAGAGGGGCAGAAUGCUACUCCACGCAUCGUGUUCCCGUGACCGGAAGUCACGUAGACAUUCGGAAGCCCGUGUUCUUGUAUCUAGAACUCUUCCGGGUCAAAGUGGACGUGAACUCUGUUUUUCUAUACAGCAAGAGCUGGGAGGAAAGCGCUUAUGCCACGUUAAUCAAAGCGGAGGAUAAUGCAAGAUGGAGAAACAAUGCAGCGAGCAGUUUGAAUGACAGCCAGCAAGAACAAGAUGACAGCGCCCUCUACCUGACGCCCCUCACAGAUGAAGGAUUUCCAGACCUUCCUGGAGGAAGACAUUCAACUAUGUCCACGGAGUCAGGCACCACCAGCACCACAGCCAUCGUCCACCAACGUACGGACUUGGGCUGCGUCCCUUUUCGAAACACUCUGUCGACGAGGGAGAGUGGUGCAGGAAUGGGAGGCAAUCUGACAGACGAGGACAUCAAUCCCUACGAGUGCGUCGAGGAGCAAAGCGACGAUGAAACACUAGUGAAGCAGGUGUGGCCUUCAUCGUCGCUUUCGUCAGGGACCAGAGCGAUGACGACCAAAGAGAAAUCCUCAGAGCUGGAUUGCAACACCUACAAGACCUUCACCGAUGUCAUCGCCAAGCGCCGCAGGUCGGACUCGCAGAGUGGAGGUGGGGAGCGCGGAGGUGGGUACGAGGAGCCAGUGAGAAAACUCCAGAAAUCGAAGGAGGAGAAGAAUGAACUGGGUUUCCGCCACCCGUCUGCCACACUGGGUGGCAGGUCUCAGAGCGGAGACCAGACAAGCUGUCAGCCCAUGCAGCAAGGGGACUUGGACAGCAGCUCUGAAGACCUGUCCUCCACGGACGACAGAAGAGAGGUAGCAAAAGUGCAGGAGGGGCGUCUCCAAGAAGCUUCACCCCUGACCUCAGAUCGCUCGAGACCUCGGUCACAAGGGGCAGCCUCGGGGUCGCCAGACAGUCAUCCAGAGAAAGUUAACGAACAAGUCCAUGACAUGAAGGCCGUCCACGAGAAGGUCCUGAAGCUCAUUGAUGACGUGCAGAAUCUGGACGAAACCGUUCGCCGCAUUGAUAUUCAGCUGAGGAGGAUGUCGAUGUCAGCGCCAGAACUCUCCUUGUCCCCCUCAGAAACGGGUGCUUCAUCCCAGUUUAUGACUGGCUUUCGAUGUCGCCUGCAGAAGAGCUUCACGCUGUGGGUGGAGCGACUGGACCCAGUGCCGGUGGUGGACCUUCUGUUCCAAAAUGGAAUCAUCUCGUGGGACACUCUGGACCGCAUCCAGCGCCUGGACCUGCGCCAGAGACAGACGCGCGAGGUGCUGGCCAUCCUGCUGCAGAAGCCGCACGCGGAGUCGGUCUUCAGGGAUGCUCUCCACAGGUCGCACCAAGUGGACCUGCUGGCCGUGCUCGAUGAUGGUGAUAUGGAUCCCUGUGUCUCGUCAAACACGUAGCAGGAUCCCAUUAAGCAUCCGAGGACCCUAACUCUAACCUAGACCUUAAAGGAUCACAAUGACCUUUCACUCAUGCUGCCAGAAGAUCACAGCUCCGCGGAGGAUCCCAAAAUCUUUGCAAGCAGAUAAAUGGAGAAUCCAAGGAUCUUGUCAAGCGGUAGAUGGAGGAUCCUAGAAGCUCGCGAAGCAGGUAUCUGGAGGAUCCUGGAGUCUUGUCAAGCACCUAAUUUGAGGAUAAAAGCUUCCUGUUAAACACAAAGUAGAGUACCCUGGUACUUGGCACAGCGUUUUAACAGGACGAUUUUUUUCUCGUUCGUGUCUACACGAAAACUGACAAACUAUUUUUUGACGGAGCUAAACCAGAUUAACAGAACAAGUACAUUUUCCUUACAAUAAUACGUGCAGGAGAGAUGGUUGUUGCUGACAUCUUGAGCUUUUAUUAUGAUGGUGGGUCACUCGUCUGGCUCGCCCCUAGUCCGAGCGUGACAGAGGCGGUCUACUUUAAAGUGGUCCACCCUGUAUUAUGCUUAUCAGAGAUUCAAGAAAGAACUUCUUGACACUUCUUGGUAUUUGUUGAAUUGAUUAAAAGAAACAACAAGAAGUCUUCUGAGGUUCACAGUGCGAGUACUCUGGUCAUUGUUGAGCCAACGGUCGUUCAAAAUAUAUGUGAAUGACGUCAUCAGUGUCACAGUUGGCAUUGUCAUCAUCAUUUUAAAAAAAUUAAACUUUGGCUGACAUUAACAUUGAUCGAGCAAAUGCUAAAAGGAAUUUUUUUGUCUGUUUACUUAUAGCAGAUUAACACUGUUUGAUGAGAUUUCUUUCUUCUGAACAUUUGUUUACUAAUGAUAUAUAUAUAAACAGGCUGUGUAAUUUUUUUUUCUAGAAAUGACAGUAACCUAUACAUCAAUACACACGACUCCAGACUCA